AUGAAGUUAGACUUUAAGAUUUUUUGUGAUUAUAAUCGUAAUUAUCCAUUGAGAGAAGAGGUAGAUGAGUCAUCAUCAAAUGCGAGUAUUAGUGAUGUUCUUGAUGCGUUGGAAAUGGCAAAUUCUGUUUAUAAUAUUAGACGUUUCAAUUAUGUGUCAAAAGUUGUUCAACUUCUUUCAAAAGAAAAACUUAGUGAAUUAAGUGGGAAUGCUCAGUCAGCGGUAUUCAAAAUUUUACAACAAAUGAUCGAUAUGGUGAUUAAAACGGGUCAAAAUAUAUCCAUAAUUCAACGAAUUCUUAAUCAAUUUCGAAAUUCUAUUCGAGAUUCGUAUCCAUAUUUUUACUAUAUUGGAAGCGAACGAUGUUGGCAACGAAAUAUUCAUACUCUCACUCGUAUGCAAGAUGCACUCAAACAAAUUCAAGUCAAUUUAACAAAAACAAACGAUGAACAAAACACACAAGAAUUGCCAACAUUUGAUUGGCUUCCAGUUGAAAUGCAACGUGAGAUUGUUCGACGAUUAGAUAAUGGAAAUGAUAUUAUCAACGUUGGUGUAUUAAAUUCAAAUCUUUAUCGUGUAACCAAAGAAAUAUUAAUAUGGCGAGAGUUGUGUUUAUUUCAUUUUGGCGUAGAUGAAAAUGUACGUGAAAGAAUAAUGAAACUUAUUCAACAUAACGAUGAUGAAAACAAUUGUGAUUGGAAAGAUGUUUAUUUCAAACUGAAACGACGAUAUGGUCAUCGAGAAGUCUAUGCUGAAAUGAUUCAUCAAUGUCAAAUAUGUAAAUGCUUAUAUUGGCAAGAUUCUGGUCAUCUGUGUUUAUACGAAACGAUCAAUAAAAGUCGAUCGUCUAUACCAAUUUCACCAACAAAACUUGUGUCACUACUUGCUCAAUGA